CUGAUUCAAAAGAGUAAGAAAUCUACAAAAGAAAACCACAGAGAAAAUCUCUACUGAUCAGUUUCUCUCCAUUGGUGAUCGCUCGUCAGAAAAAUUGAGCUCGAUUUUGUAUAAAUUGAAGAAAAAGAAGAAGAUCAUCAAAUGCGUGAUUUUUACUUUUCCGUUCAAGGUAAAUCGAUCAUCUUCGGCUUCAAGCCUGAAGAUAGCGCUUCGAAUUGGUUGAAUUGUGUAAUUUUGGAGGAAGUUAAGGUUCUUGCAGUAACAACUGCUUUACUGAUUUUUCUGGUUUUUUUUGUAAUUGUAGAAACUGAGUUUAAGGACAAGCUUUGUCCCUUUUAGUGGAAUUUAGAUCUGGUUUUGUCGUAAUUUCUUCUGGGUUUCAAUUCUAGUCUUCUGUAGUAGUAUCAGUGUUGUGUUAUCACCCACUAUUUCAAAGUUUCAAUGAAAUUUUAAUACCAAGUUGUUGACUUUUCUGUGUUUCUAUCUGAUCAUAAUUAACUUCGGAAGAAAUUAUUGUGACCUCAGAAAAUUAGUGAUUGAUCAAGGGAACAUAAGCAGCUAGAGACCACACCACUCAGUUAUUUCUAUCUCAUAGUGCUUGUGGAUGUUCAAGCUAUAAGAAUGUGCUCGGUGGUUCUAUGAAUAUAUAGAUUGGUGUUUUGAUGGGAUGGGACACCAAAUUGCUAAGGUUUAUGGUGUUAUCAAUUACUAGUACGUGUUAUCUUCCGAACAACCACCACCAUGGAAUCUCAUCUGGGAAAUGGAGUAGGCAGUUCGAGAUCUGCCAAAAAUACAAAGAACACUUCUAGUUCAGUUGAUUGGUUGAGCAGAGAUAUGCUUGAGAUGAAGAUAAGGGACAAGACAGAGGCUGAUGAGGAGAGAGACAGUGAACCAGAUAUCAUUGAUGGAGUUGGUGCAGAACCUGGCCAUGUGAUCACAACUACACUCCCUGGACGAAAUGGUCAAUCAAGACAGACAGUCAGUUACAUAGCAGAACACGUAGUCGGGACUGGUUCAUUCGGAAUGGUUUUCCAAGCUAAAUGCAGAGAAACUGGGGAGGUUGUUGCCAUCAAAAAAGUUCUACAAGACAAGCGUUACAAGAACAGAGAAUUACAAAUUAUGCAGAUGCUAGACCAUCCGAAUGUUGUUUGUUUAAAGCAUAGCUUCUAUUCAAGAACAGAAAAUGAAGAGGUUUAUCUAAAUCUUGUCCUUGAGUUUGUUCCCGAGACUGUCAAUCGUACUGCCAGAAGCUACAGUAGAAUGAACCAGCUGAUGCCAUUGAUAUAUGUCAAACUCUACACUUACCAGAUUUGCAGGGGGCUUGCUUACCUUCAUAAUUGCUGUGGUCUUUGUCACCGUGAUAUAAAGCCCCAAAACCUGCUAGUGAAUCCACACACACAUCAGCUGAAAAUUUGUGAUUUUGGGAGUGCAAAAGUGUUGGUGAAAGGAGAACCCAAUAUUUCUUACAUUUGUUCAAGAUACUAUCGUGCCCCAGAGCUCAUUUUUGGAGCCACCGAGUACACAACUGCAAUAGACAUAUGGUCCACAGGUUGUGUGAUGGCUGAACUGCUGCUUGGACAGCCUCUGUUUCCUGGCGAAAGUGGAGUCGAUCAACUUGUUGAAAUCAUAAAGGUUUUGGGUACACCAACAAGGGAGGAGAUCAAAUGCAUGAAUCCAAACUACACAGAAUUUAAAUUUCCUCAGAUAAAACCUCAUCCUUGGCACAAGGUAUUCCAGAAACGUCUGCCACCUGAAGCAGUAGAUCUUCUUUGUAGGUUCUUCCAGUAUUCUCCUAAUUUGAGAUGUACAGCGGUGGAAGCUUGUAUCCACCCUUUCUUUGAUGAGCUAAGAGACCCAAAUGCUCGUCUGCCAAACGGCCGGCCACUUCCUCCGCUAUUCAAUUUUAAACCACAAGAACUCUCUGGUAUCCCUCCUGAAACUGUGGACCGACUUGUCCCAGAACAUGCCCGUAAGCAGAACCACUUCAUGGCAUUACACUCGUAAGUCUCUUCCGUGUUUUCUGUACGACCUAUCGGGUGUUCUCUUCUUUUCUCUAAGCUCUCUAGAUCCCAGUCUUUGGGAAAAACCAGUAGAGCUCUCUCUCUGUAAACAGAAAUCACUGGAAAAAGAAGCAAUGACUUUUGUAUUAAGGUGCUUGCGCAUCCCUUGUCGUGAAGUGAGGAUGCGUAAAAUACAACACUACUUUGUUAGAUAUAUGAUAUAGAGGAACAUACUUACAUUUGC